CUACAUCUCCCUUCCCCAAAGCACAGCCUUCUGGGGCGGCAGAGCACAGUGUGCUGUGUGUUCUCUGGGCCACCCUGGGCCUUAGCUUUGGAGUCUGAGCCCCCUCCCUCUGGCCAAGCCGACCCCCGCCCAAGCUUUGCUCUCCCAGCUACUAAGGCUCGGGCCCCAUUAAGCAGGGAGAGCCCCUGCUGGGGCUGGGCUGCUUGGAGACCCGCUGGGCAACCCCCAGGCCCGCCUGACAUGACUCCCCGGUCUCCCACCUCUGCUUCUGGGCCUCACUUCCGCCACUGGGGUGCCGAGCUGGCUGCCCGAUAAGCAGUGCUGUUUCCUCUGGGGAAGGAAGGGAGGUGGGGGCCACGGGUGCUGAGGCUCACGCUGCUGAGACAGCUGAGCGCCGAUGGACCUCAGCCACAGCAGGCCAGAGGAGGACGAGGGCGACCUGGGGGCCAGACCCUCAGGAGGUCUGCUGGGGGAACAGAUCGAGGCUCCAUCCCACCACUUCUCCCCUGAGGAGCGGGCCCUGCUCUACGAGGAAGCCCUCUACACUGUCCUGCACCGCCUGGGAAAGCCCGAGCCCGGCCAUGUGAGCGAGGCGUCCGAGCUGCUGCGCUACCUGCAGGAGGCCUUCCACGUGGAGCCCGAGGAACACCAGCGGAUGCUGCGGCAGGUGCAGGCCCUCGAGAAGCCAAUAUUUUGUCUGAAGGCAACGGUGAAACAAGCCAAGGGCAUUCUGGGCAAGGAUGUCAGCGGGUUCAGUGACCCCUACUGCCUGCUGGGCAUUGAGCAGGGAGUGGGCACGCUGGAGGGCAGCCCCGGGUCUCGGCGGCGGCAGAAGGCUGUGGUGAAGCACACCAUCCCGGAGGAGCAGACACACCGCACCCAGGUCAUCAGCCAGACACUCAACCCCGUCUGGGACGAGACCUUCAUCCUGGAGUUUGAGGACAUAAGAAAUUCGAGUUUUCAUCUGGACAUGUGGGACCUGGACACCGUGGAGUCUGUCAGGCAGAAGCUUGGGGAGCUCACAGAUCUGCACGGGCUGCGCAGGAUCUUUAAGGAGGCCCGGAAGGACAAAGGCCAGGACGACUUCCUGGGAAACGUGGUGCUGCGGCUGCAGGACCUUCGCUGCCGGGAGGAUCAGUGGUACCCUCUGGAGCCCUGCACUGAGACCUACCCAGACCGUGGCCAGUGCCACCUCCAGUUCCAGCUCAUCCACAAGCGGAGAGCCACUGGGGCCAGCCGCUCCCAGCCCAGCUACACGGUGCACCUCCACCUGCUGCAACAGCUCGUGUCCCACGAGGUCACCCAGCACCAGGCAGGCAGCACCUCCUGGGAUGGGCUGCUGAGUCCUCAGGCUGCCACCAUCCUGUUUCUCCAUGCCACGCAGAAGGACCUGUCCGACUUCCACCAGUCCAUGGCGCAGUGGCUGGCCUACAGCCGUGUCUACCAGAGCCUGGAGUUCCCCAGCAGCUGCCUCCUGCACCCUAUCACCAGCAUCGAGUACCAGUGGAUCCAGGGCCGGCUCAAGGCAGAGCAGAUGGAGGAGCUGGCAACCUCAUUCAGCUCCCUGCUGGCAUAUGGCCUCUCCCUCAUCCGGAGGUUCCGGUCUGUCUUCCCCUUAUCUGUCUCGGACUCCCCAGCUCGGCUACAGUCUCUCCUCAGGGUCCUGGUACAGAUGUGCAAGAUGAAGGCCUUUAGAGAACUGUGCCCUGACAGUGGCCCACUGCCCCACCUGGUGACUGAGGCGCUGCGGGCUGGCACCGUUGAAUGGUUCCACCUGAAGCAGCAGCACCAUCAGCCAAUGGUGCAGGGCAUGCUGGAGGCAGGCAAGGCCUUGCUGAGCCUGGUCCAAGACAUCAUCGGUGACCUGCACCAGUGCCAGCGCACGUGGAACAAGAUCUUCCACAAUGCCCUUAAGAUCGACCUCUUCGCCAUGGCUUUCCUGGAGCUGCAGUGGCUGGUGGCCAAGCGCGUGCAGGACCACACGGCCGCGGCGUUGAGAGGCCUCGUGUCCCCAGAGAUGGGAGAGAGUUUGUUCCAGCUCUACAUCAUCCUGAAGGAGCUCUGCCAGCUGGGCCCCGCCCCCUCGGAGAGGGAUGGAGUCCUGGCCCUGGAUGGCUUCCACCGCUGGUUCCAGCCUGCCAUCCCUUCCUGGCUGCAGAAGACAUACAGCGUGGCCUUGGCGCGGGUGCAGCGCGCUGUGCAGAUGGACAAGCUGGUGCCCCUGGGUGAACUGACCAAGCAUAGCACAUCGGCCGUGGAUCUGUCCACCUGCUUUGCUCAGAUCAGCCACACUGCCCGGCAGCUGGACUGGCCCGACCCAGAGGAGGCCUUCAUGAUCACAGUCAAGUUUGUGGAGGACACCUGUCGGCUGGCCCUGGUGUACUGCAGCCUGAUAAAGGCCCGGGCCCGAGAGCUCUCUGCAGGCCAGAAGGACCAGGGCCAGGCAGCCAAUAUGCUGUGCGUGGUGGUGAACGACAUGGAGCAGCUGCGGCUGGUGAUCGGCAGGCUGCCCACCCAGCUGGCAUGGGAGGCGCUGGAGCAGCGAGUAGGGGCUGUGCUGGAGCAGGGGCAGCUGCAGAACACGCUGCAUGCCCAGCUGCAGGGUGCGCUGGCGGGGCUGGGCCACGAGAUCCGCACCGGCGUCCGCACCCUUGCGGAGCAGCUGGAGGUGGGCAUCGCCAAGCACAUCCAGAACCUCGUGGGCGUCAGGGAGUCCAUCUUGCCUGAGGAUGCCAUUCUGCCCCUGAUGAAAUUCCUGGAGGUGGAGCUCUGCUACAUGAACACCAACUUGGUGCAGGAGAACUUCAGCAGCCUUCUGACCCUGCUCUGGACCCACACGCUCGAGGUGAUGGUUGAGGGUGCCACCUCCCAGCGGAGCUGCCCCCUGGCCUCUAGCAGGCUGAAGAUUGCGCUGCAGAACCUGGAGAUCUGCUUCUACGCAGAGGGCUGUGGCCUGCAGCCCGAGGCCCUGCACACGGCCACCUUCCAGGCUUUGCAGAGGGACUUAGAGCUGCAGGCGGCCUCCAGCCGGGAGCUCAUCCAGAAGUACUUCUGCAACCGCAUCCAGCAGCAGGCGGAAACCACCUCUGAGGAGCUCGGGGCGAUCACCGUCAAGGCCUCCUACCGCGCCUCUGAGCAGAAGCUGCAUGUGGAGGUGCUCAGCGCCUCCAGCCUGCUGCCCCUGGACUCCAAUGGCUCCAGCGACCCCUUUGUUCAGCUGACCUUGGAGCCCAGGCACGAGUUUCCUGAGCUGGCCCCCCGGGAAACCCAAAAGCACAAGAAGGACCUUCACCCGCUGUUUGAUGAGACCUUUGAAUUCCUGGUGCCUGCUGAGCCGUGCCAGAAGGACGGGGCGUGCCUCCUGCUCACAGUGCUGGACCAUGACACAUUGGGGGCCGACGACCUGGAGGGCGAGGCCUUUCUGCCGCUGCGCUCGGUGCUGGGCCUCAGUGGGACGGAGGAGCCUGGGGAGGUGCCUCAGAGCCGCCUGCCCCUCACCUACCCCGCACCCAAUGGGGACCCAAUCCUGCAGCUUCUGGAGAGCCGGAAGGGUGAUCGUGAGGCCCAGGUGUUUGUGAAGCUGCGGCGGCAGCGAGCCAAGCAGGCCUCCCAGCAUGCCGUGCGGCUGGGGCAGUAGCAGAGGAUGUUGGGGUGGGGCUGAGUCUCUGGCAGGGACAGGUUUCCCUGGGAGGUCAGGGUCCCCCCAGCACAGCGCAGCCCUCUGGCCUGGCCUAGCACUGGGCGGGGCCCUGCAGGUCUGGGGAGCUCCAGCAUGCUGAAGGCCCAGAGUGCAGGCCCCCCAUCUCCUGGCAGAGUAGAGGCCACAGUGAUGGGGAUACCAUUAGCAGUUAUUUAUACUCCCUGCUCCCUCCCUUCAGCCCUGGCCCCAGCAUUCCCUGCCCAAUCCCAGCACCAGCAGGAGGGGAGGCAGCCAUCUGCACCUCUUGGCCCCGUUCCCCUCUGGGAAAAUCUGCCCUGGUGGAGCAGGGUCUUGGGCGUCUGUCUCCUGGCAUGCCUAUUCCAGCCACUGAGUCAGGGUCAGGGCUGUGGGCACAGAACCUCCCUCCUAGGGGAGGGAGAGGUGACCCUGCCCAAGAUGAGGCUACAGCUGCCCUGGGGGUGGAGCCGGGUCCUCUCCUGAGGGGGCCGCCAACACCCAGGCUAAGGAGCCUGGAGCCCGGGACCUUCUGGCUGAGAAGUGAGAGCUGCCAGGCAGUGGGGCUGGCAUGGAGGGGCGGAAGCAGAGAGGACAGCUUGGCUAACCAUAUCCACUGAGGACAUCUCCUCCCUGGGCCAGUACCUCCCACCUAGAAACUUUCUUAGCGAAAAUAAAAAAAAAAAAAAUUGA